AUGUCUGCAAAUACUUUGCGACAAUGGCUGAAGGUAGCUCGGAAACAAGCAAAACAGCUGCGGCAGAGCCUUGACGAUGAGUUGCAAGGUUUUCUAGAAAAGAAUAUCCCUAAACCCCAGAGGUCGUUGGUAAGGCUACCAGUUGCCGUUAACCGUAGACCACCGUUUAGACAUGGGAACAGAUUUGUUCACACGUCUGCAAAAGGUGGUGUUAAUCCUCCACAUGCCUCACCGCCGUUUAGAAAUCAAUCUCCCAGAUUCACCUCAUGCGGUGGAAAUACGCUUUUGGCCAGUUUCAACAGCACGUAUAGAGCCCCCAAGGGGACUCCUCGCGGUCUCUUUACAAAUUGGAAUAUGAAUACCGCUCGAUUUACCAAUGGGAGAGCGUAUUCGACGUCCGCCAUCAGAAUCACUCACGACGCUGUUCAGAAUAUGGCAAUAUCGCUACGUUGCUUUUAUAAUCUUUGGGACGACUAUCUUUUAGGUAAUGGGCUUGAUGAUAAGACGAAACUAAAAUCUCGUGUUUCAAACUUUGUCAACAAUGGGAACCUGAGCCCCAAAGGUGUAUCUCUUCUACGCACCAAGGAAUUGUGUCGAAUGAUCGAAGAUCACAAGCAAGAGCUAGGCUACGACAAUUUCAAACCUGGGGAGGAGAUGGGAUGCGUGGUGGAAUUUCAAAUGCCAUGUCUCGAAAUGGCAGCCAUGCCAUCCAUGGUGUUUGCUUCUGAUGAGGCUCUUGACAUGUGGCACGAAGAGCUCGCGGCUUACAACAUUAAAAUUCGAACAAUUGAAGAAAGUGUUAGAACUAUCUAUGAGCAUUAUGGUGCGUUGCCUUUAGAGUUCGACAAGCGCUCUGUGCGUGUUCGAUUUCCGAACAUUACCACUUACGAAGCAGAGAUGUUGAUGCGAGACCUGGGGCUGACGCUGGGUCUCGUUCUACCUGCGGAGCGUCACUCUGGUUCGCAAGGUUAUCUGAAUGAAAGGCAUGGGAGCUAUGUGAUCCCACGCGAAGAUGUGGAACAGAACCCCGGGGGAGAAUUUGCUCCGGUACUCUCAUCUCCGUCAUUGUCAGCAUCUCAGUAUUCAGGUUUCUCGCUUCUGUCAUCCUACGGUUAA